AUGUUGAUUUCAGUAAGUCGUAUUCCGGUAUUAUUGGAAAGUAACAAAAAUAUGCAUCGUAUGAAAAUUCCGGAAGGAAACUAUGAAAUUAGUUUCGGUGAUUCAAUUUUCCUGAAAAAUGGAUUCAGUUGCAUUGAAGCUUGGUCCUAUCCACAAAUUACUUGGUUUGGUACCGGUGAAAAUUGUUUUGCUUUUGAAGUUGACUAUGAUCAACCGUACGAAUUCAAAUGUGGACGACCGGAAAAUGUUCUCGAAGCGCUGCAACAGCAUAUAAAACUGAAACCUGAUACGGCGCUUCCAACAAAUACUUGUAAUGUGUAUACGAAGCAAUAUGUUCCAGCUGAACAGAAAAUUGAUCGAAGUUCAUCGGAGCGUCAAAUGCAAAAACCAUCAUUACGUUCGACAUUAUCAUUUCGAAAUGAGCGAGGUACACUUAAUUCGGCAUCAGGUGAUUCACGUUCACGUUUUCCAUUUUUCCGUCCAAAAAAAGAAUGGAAAGAAAGGGAGAAAUUCGAACUGGAUGCAAAGGAUGAAUGGAUAAGAUAUAGCAAGGACAAUUUGGUUGACAUGUAUAACAAUGAUUUCUAUCAAGUAAAACAACCAGAAAGAAGUUAUUUGAGGUUACCAGAUAUGUCUAAUGCGCUUACAUUUCAGCGUGAUCUCGAGCAAACUAUUGCUAAGCGUGCAUUAUGCUUAUCACUAUCAAGUGAUGCGUUAUCAGGAGUGGAUAACAAUUGCAACAAUAGCAAUAAUGGUAGCAAUAAUAACAGUCAAAAUCGUAAGGUUAUCUUACGUCCACGGGUUAUAUUGGAUGGUGAUUUAUUGGAUCCGACAGUAUUUACACCGUCAACCGAUAAUAUCGAAAAUGACAGUGGAGUAGGAAGCCUUCAGGCUCGCAUUCGUGAUUCAGUAGCUUCUGCUCCUAGUCCUAGUCCAGUCAUAUUUUUCCAUUGUUAUUUUGAAUACGAAAGAGAUGCCAAUGAUGAUGAUGAUGAUGAUGAUGAUGGUGGUAAAGGUAGAUGGGUUCCAAAUCUUUCCGAUUUAAUUUUUUAA